AUGUCUAUUGAUUUGGUGAUGUCAUCCAACCAUCUUAUUCUCUGUCACUCCCUUUUCCUCCUAUACACAAUCUUUCCUAGCAUCAGGGUGUUUUUCAAUGAUUUGGCUCUUCACAUCAGGCAGCCAAAGUACUGGAGUUUCAGCAUCAGUCUUCCCAAUGGAUAUUCAGGGUUGAUUUCCUUUAGGAUUGACUGGUUUGAUCUCUUCAUUCUCCAACGGACUCUCAAGAGUCUUCACAAGCACCAUAUUUUGAAAACAUCAGUGGUCUUGCUCACUACUAAUUUGAUAAUAGUGUCUUUUACCACAUUGUCUUUACAAUAG